ACCAAGUGGGUAUUAGCCAAUCAAAUGUCGCGGCGCAGUUUGAUCCAAUGAGAGAGAAACCUGACGAAAAUCGACAAUAACAAUCAAUUGUCCAAAAUAAGUGCACGAGUGUGUCGUAGGGUUGUGUUGUGGGAGGCCGUAACAGGCGAAUGCGUGGCGGCGUCGGCUGCUAUGUACGACCGCGUGGACUGCGUGUUCAACCACCAGUCGUUUUAUGCCAACUGCCAAGACAGGAUCGAGUUUGCGCUUGUGGAUUGGACGGUUGAGAAUCCCCAGCUGUGGAAGGCGUUGGAUCCGGCGUUGAUUGCACAAGUGGGGCCGCGCCAGCCAUCCGUUGCGCUUCGUCCGCCGGUAACGAUGACCGACGACGCGGCGACCGAUCGGGCGCUGCGCCACUGGCUGCAGGCCACGCGAGCCGCCCACGGACUGCACACGACGAGGUGGCACCCUGACUUGAGCCAUUACAUACGCAUGGCCCUCACGUCGUACGAAGUGGAACGGGUGUUUGGAUCGGCCAACGUGGACAACGUGUACUUUCAGAAUAGCGUGCAAGGGGCCGUGCCGCAAGGCCACACGUUCAAAGGCUUCCCCGUGAGCGGCACCAGUCUCGACGACGUCCAACGAAAGCUAGUGGCGGAUGUCGUCGGGCGAGAGGUCGUGCUCUUCCCCAAGGCGACGCAUGCCCAGUUUGGCGUGGCCGUCAAGAGCGUGCCCUAUCCCGAAGGCAUUUGCGUGAUCUGGGCCAUGGUGGCUGUCGUGUACAAGACGUCGUAGCAGCCGCGUUGACAGUAGCAUCGAGGCGCGUAAUCAUUCAAAUCGGAUUGGCUGAAAUACAA